CCCAAAGUCUAUCAGAUGAACCCAGCCGCAACCAAGAUUGGAAACAUCACACGUCUGACUGUUGGAGAAAGAAACGUAAAUCACACCAACAGGACCAUCUUAUUUGUGGGUGAAACAGGAGGUGGAAAGUCUACUCUGGUCAACACUCUGGUGAACUACGCCAUGGGAGUGACCUGGGAGGAUGAAGUUUGGUUUAAGAUCGUAAAAGAAGAGCAAAAAAAGCAAUCUGAGAGUCAGACAUUAGAUAUAAUCGUGUAUGAAUUAUUUGGUUUUGAGGGCCAAGUUUUGCCCUUCUCUCUAACCCUCAUUGAUACCCCUGGAUAUGGAGCCACCCAGGGGACCAGAGAAGACGACAUUGUUACUGCAAGAUUAUAUGAUUUGUUUCAAUCACCAGAUGGAGUUGAAGAAAUUGCUGCAGUGGCUUUGGUGGUGCAGGCAUCGACUAAUCGUCUGAGUGACAGACUGCGGUACAUCUUCAAUUCUGUGAUGUCUCUGUUCGGAAAAGACAUGGAGAAAAACAUCAUAUUGCUCAUCUCAAACUCUGAUGGCAUGACACCUACUAAUGUGUUUACAGCUCUGAAGGAAGCAAAUGUUAAAUUUGCCAAGAAUGAGAAGAAUCAACCAAUUAACUUCCUCUUCAACAAUUGCCAGGACAAACACCGAACAGAAGAGGAUGAAGAUGCUUUGGAGUUUGCUUUCAAAAUAUCAAGAAAAGGAAUGACUGGAUUUAAAAACUUUUUGAAAACUAACAAACCCCAAAAUGUUGAGGAAUCUAGAAAAGUGUUGAGAGAGCGCAGCAGACUAACUGCCUGCAUCCAAAAUCUGCAAGCAAGAAUUGAUUGCAUUGCAUUAAAACAAACAGAAAUCAAGCAGACUCGGGAGUCUGUGAAGAAAUGUGACAAAGGAAUGCAAGAAUUCGUCUUUGUACUUGAUGAGGUCUACAAAGAAGAGGAACCUAUUGGAAGUGGGUGGUGGGUUUUGGGGUUGUUUAAUGAUGGGGCCACCCGCUGCACUCACUGCAAAGAAAAUUGCCACUAUCCUGGUUGUAUAUUUGCCCCGAGUGCUGGAAAGUGUGAAGUUAUGAAGCGUGGAAGGUGUACUUCAUACACAAACAAGUGUCCAGUGUCUUGUCAUGUGAAAGAUAAGAAGAUGUACGUGACCAAGACAAGACGAGUGAAGAUGACGGUGAAAGAGGUUGAAGAGAAGUAUGGCCUCCAUAUAGAAGAGCAUAAAACAAGCAAGGAGAGAAAUUUGAGCCUUUUGGAAUAUCUUGAGAAGCAACUAAGAGACCUGAAACACAACAUGUCACAGCUACUGGAUGAGGCCUUUCAUCAUGUUGUCAGGCUGGAUGAGAUCGCUCUGAUCACUAAUUCACUGUCUACUCAUGUCCACUUGGAUGGCCUGAUUAAGGUGAUGAAGGAGGAGGGAGAAGAAGACAAGGCCAAGAGAUUAGAGGAGGUUCAGAAACAACUAGAUAAAGGACUUCUAGGAGCAAUGAAUUACAUGAGAAAGUCAUGA